AGAAACCCGUCUCCUCUGAUCUCACAAAUUCUGGAAGCCUGAGAUCGAUCAUGAAGCUCCAGCCAACACAAGUCGAAGAGAAACCCAAAUCCGAUGUGGGAUUCGGAUCAGGAUCCGACGGCCAGCGAAAGAAGCGGCGUGGAGCUGUAGAUGUGGAAGUCUAUAUUGGAUCUGGUGAUCGAUUUACAUGAAAUUGGCUUCUUUGACGACACCGUGUAUCCCUUCGAUAUGGGAGAUGAAGACAGUUAUCCACUUUUAGAGUUUGAACCUGAUGAAUGUCUGAUAUGCGGUCAGAUCACUACACACGGCACUCCAUGGUGUCCGUAUAAGGAAUUCGUCCCACAUGAUGCAUCUCUUCCUCCUGGCAUUCAAAGAGUUUGCAGGUGUUGCGGUAAGAGGGAUGGCCACCCUGGUGAGGAUUGGGAAGCCUGUGCUAUUCUUAAGAGGUGUACAGAUUGUGGUACCUUAGGUGAGCACUGGAAUGGGGACUCAGACUGUCCGACCAAGACUGGUAAGCCCCGGUGCACCGAAGAGACCGAAGAGGAAAAGCCAGAUAGCUAUAAACAAACUGGUCGGAUCUUUCUGUUUCUUGACGAGGAUGAGGACUAGUUUGGUGUUCUGCACUUCUGCUUUUAUGAAAGAUCAGUUUCUGCUUUUCUGUAAGAAUUAGUGACUGAAGUAAAGUUGUCGAGUUUAGGACUAGUCUGGUGUCGUGGUGGUAAAAGACUAAUUACUUUUGUGGUAAAGACUAAUCACUGAGAUGUGUAUUAUGACACAAAUGAGAGGAAAACUGAAGGUUCACUUUGGUUUAUGCUUUCCUUUUUAAUAUACUAGAAAUUUUGCCCGCGCUUUGCUGCGGGAUUCACCGUUAUCAA